CCGUUUGUGGAUAUAAGUUUUGUUCCUUAUUCGUUUUAAAACUGUUUAUUAAACUUACAGUAAUAGGUACCUAUAAAUAGUUGACAAUUAGUAUGCUGUGAAUGUGAUAAAUUUUGUAGUGAUAAUCAUGUCGCUGUCAUUAUAGGAGUGUUUUUACAAAUGUUCUCUCAUUCAUUAUCACUUCGUUUACUUUUGACUAUCUGCUAUCGUAAACAGGAUAUUUAGCCCUUCAAUGUAUCAAUUGAGUUAUAUAUCAGUGUAUAUUAUGUGAUCUUUGUAAUGUGCAACAAUUAUUCAAUUAAAUAUUAAUAAGUUUAAAAUAUUUUGCGUUAUGUGCUAUAAUUCUUAUUGCCAGAAAUGCCACGGGAUAUUUUGAGCGAUAGUCUGGCUGUUCUUAGGAUUGUAGAGCAUGAAGAUGAAGAAAAUUGGCCACUGGAAGAUAAAACAUUAUGCAAGCAGAAUAGUAAGAAAGUCUCAAAUGCCCCCAUAAACUCUCACAAUGAAGAAACAUACACUAAAGAUGACUGUGCUUGUUACUAUAACUAUGCACUAGGUGAUAAUGCUGCUAACCGUCAGCAUGAUCCAAUAUAUCAAUAUAAGACGAGUAGUCUUCCAGCAGCCUCUUCUAUCAAUCAGUCCUGGGAUGAAAUAGUGUGCUCAGCGUUACGGAUAGCCCCUGAAGAUAUUGCUAAUCAAUUAUCACUUCUCGACUUGCCAUGUUUUAAAUCAAUUCAGCCAGAGGAACUUACCACAUGUGGCUGGACGAAACUUAACAAAUUGACUGUGGCUCCAAAUGUUGUCGCUUUCACUAAAAGAUUUAACAGGGUGAGUUUUUGGACUGUACAAGAAAUACUCAAUGGUCAAUCACCAAAGGCUCGAGCAGAGACGCUGGCUCACUUUAUAAAGGUGGCAAAGAAAUUAUACGACUUGAAUAAUCUCCAUUCACUAUUUGCAGUAAUUUCAGCUUUGCAUAGUGCUAGUAUAUACAGAUUGACAAAAACAUGGUCCUGCUUGUCCAAAAAGGAUAAGCAACAAUUUGACAAGCUCGCAGAGUUAUUUGGUGAGAAGGAUAACUGGACAGCUCUCCGAGAGUACAUGCGGUCUAUUGCUCUACCAUGCAUACCUUACCUUGGUAUAUUUCUCACCGACUUAGUUUAUAUAGACAUGGCACAUCCCGUGGGAUCCGGUUCUCCUCAUCGCGUCGCCAAAAUGACAGUUGUUUUGAAAGCACUGGAACGUUAUCAGACUUCCGAAUAUGACAUACAACCACUUCCUCACGUCGCUAAUUAUCUAAACAGCGUGCGUUACAUCGAAGAGCUGCAGAAAUUUUUGGAAGACGAUCAAUAUAAAUUGUCACUUAAAUUGGAGCCCCCGUCCCCGAUCGGUAGCUGCGUCGGCUCUAAGGAGUCGGUUAAGGAAGUCCAAGUCCAAGGUUCUUCGACGCCCUUCACCUUGUCGCCAUCGCAUCGCCUCGGUUCAGGUUCACUGAGAAUCCAAGGCUCGUACAGCCAAACUAAAUUCAUACCAACUCAUAGGAAAUGUCGUUCGCUCGGUUCUAAGUUUCGAAGCGCGAGCUUACCAAGAAAUUUUCACAAGGUCAAUUUCGGUGUGGGUAUAUUUGGCAAGAGUCACAGUGAAGACAAGGAUGAGAAAACGCCGGCCGGUUCAGUGAAUCUUUUGGACGACACGCUCUUGGAAUCUCCCAGUUCCGUCUCUGGUGCUAAGAUGUCACAAUCAUUACCAUACAGUGAUGUGCUGUCAAUAAUAAAUCCGACGGAGUGUGAUUUUCAAAGCUACGUUAGAAGAAAAACGAUAAUCAAAGAUGGCAGGAAGAUAUCGUUGUCUUCGUGGCAGCGCUACUGGCUACAAUUGUCCAGCAACAUUCUGGUCUUUUAUGGCUCUAAAACUUUUAAAGGGACAGCCAGAAGCGACUUCAGUAAGGAACGUUGCAAGGUGCUACCGCUGCACGACGGCUGGCGCGCCGUGUGGCUGGAGGGGGAGGCUUCAGACGCUUUCCAGUUGAUCGACCACCACGUCGGUACCAUCUAUAAGUUUAAGACGGGAUGUGAAUCAACAGCAAAGCAAUGGGUUGAAAAAAUUAAUGACGUCACGUACAAAAUGGUGAAACCACUUCCAGCUAAUCUCAUGUCGUUCGAAUAAUCAUCGAGUCUUAUCUGUCCAUGUAAAUGCUCAUUUUCAUUGGUCGAAUCAUAAAAAUAUAUUUUUAAAGAAAUCUAUAAAUCUCACUGUGACGUUUAUAAAAUAAUUAAGUUCGUCAUCUGUGGGUUUUAUGUCAUGCUUUAUCUAAAUCGUCCAAUCAAUUGCACCACGAAUACGUCACCCGUCGACCAAUAAAAAUGGACCUAAACAAUCAAUUGAUUCGUUUAAAUGACACAUGGACUUAAAAAGAGUAGAAAGCAAUUCAAUCACGUUAUAUGGGUUUACUAAAAACCAAUAGUUUAGUUGAUAUCUGACGAAGUUUUUGUUGUAUUAACGUUAUAACGGUGCAGCUAAUACAUAUAAUUGAUUUACUUUUAAUGUACGAUAUCACAUAUUGUCUAAACUUGUAUUUUAUAUCACAGGAGUUUACGAAAGCGGUCAUUGUAUAAAAUUCUCAUUUUGUGUUUAUAAAUAAGUACCUGGUAGGUCUUUUGUACUUUUGAAAAAAACUUAAUGAUGAUAAAUUGCUCAGUUCCAUACAUCAUCGUAUAUAUUGUCGAAACAACUAAACUAUCGUUCUAUAUUAAACCGAUGUCCUGUUAAGCUAAGUGUUGUCGUGAGUUUGUGGUGUUCAAAUUAUGUUUUUGCUAAUGUCAAUAUGGCUAUGAUUAUGUUUACAAAAA